UCCAACUGCUCAGCAUGUGAAUCGACGCGCCGCAUGAAGUCAAGUCGAAAAACGAUGGAAAUAUAAGCCUUUUCGCGUUUCAAAUGUUUUUGUUUUGCGCCAAAGUAACCACGUUUAAGUGUUAAACGCGCUAGAAUAAUUUGUGCUUGCAUUACUUCGAGAAAAACGGGACUGUAAGUGUUAUUUCCACCGGAUUGGGAGUGAGAGUGGACUGCUUGGAGUCACUUACAAAGACCAUCAAGAAGUCAUGACACGACGAACGUUUUACUUGGAUUUAUCUUCAUAAAACACGAGAAAAGUCGAUUACAUGUAUUUCAGCUCGAACUAAUUGGACUACGAGCUAAGUAUUGGGACAGUUGCCGUUGAUUUUCUUCGCUUUUCAGCUGUUUUUAAGUCGUCCUACUUGGAUCAAAGUUUUUUCCUUCCCUCCCCCCUCCUCCUCAACUAUGGCGGCGGCCAGGUCCACCACUGGCUCCGUUUUUCUGCGGAUCAUGUGGCUGGUGUGCGGGCUGGCCUUCUCACCUACUUCUGCUCAACAUUACAACAGUGAGAGUGGAAUAUCCGUCCCAGAACACGGGUUUUGCCAACCCAUCUCCAUCCCGCUCUGCACCGACAUCGCCUACAACCAGACCAUCAUGCCGAACCUCCUGGGCCACACUAACCAAGAGGACGCCGGACUUGAAGUGCACCAGUUCUACCCGCUGGUUAAGGUCCAGUGCUCUGCGGAUCUUAAGUUCUUCCUCUGCUCCAUGUAUGCGCCGGUCUGCACUGUACUGGAGCAGGCCAUACCCCCUUGUCGGUCCCUGUGUGAGCGUGCACGGCAGGGAUGUGAAGCCCUGAUGAAUAAAUUCGGCUUUCAGUGGCCAGAGCGGCUCCGCUGCGAGGCAUUCCCAGUCCACGGAGCCGGUGAUAUCUGCGUCGGCCAGAACACAUCCGACCCCGGCAGCCCGGCCUCUUCGUCUUCCCCCUAUGCACCCGACCCGACUCUCCCCCCAAAUAUUGGCCGACCGAACCAACGCCCGCCCCAGCACAACCAGUACCACCAGUUCUCCUGCCCUCUACAGCUGGAGGUGCCUUCCUAUUUGGGUUACCGUUUCAUGGGGGUCAAAGACUGCGGGGCCCCGUGUGAGCCCACUAAACCAACCGGAAUUAUGUAUUUCCGGGAGGAUGAGGUGAAAUUUGGACGGCUGUGGGUUGGCAUCUGGUCCAUCUUGUGUUGCGUGAGCACCUUAUUCACAGUGCUCACCUACUUAGUGGACAUGAGGCGGUUCAGAUACCCAGAGAGGCCCAUCAUCUUUUUAUCCGGGUGUUAUUUUAUGGUGGCGGUGGCCUACGCUGCUGGAUUUUUCUUGGAGGAUAAAGUAGUUUGUGUGGACAAAUUCAAGGAAGACGGCUAUAGGACCGUGGCCCAAGGGACUAAAAAGGAGGGCUGCACCAUCCUCUUCAUGGUGCUGUACUUUUUUGGCAUGGCCAGCUCCAUCUGGUGGGUGAUUUUGUCCCUGACUUGGUUCCUCUCGGCUGGGAUGAAAUGGGGACAUGAGGCGAUUGAAGCCAACUCCCAAUACUUCCACCUGGCAGCAUGGGCUGUCCCGGCCAUCAAAACCAUCACCAUCCUAGCCAUGGGCCAGGUGGACGGCGAUGUCCUGACCGGGGUGUGUUUCGUUGGGAUCUUCAACGUGGAUGCCCUCCGUGGCUUCGUCCUGGCCCCGCUUUUCGUCUACCUGUUCAUCGGCACGUCCUUCUUACUGGCCGGCUUCGUGUCCCUGUUCCGGAUCCGCACAAUCAUGAAGCACGACGGCACCAAGACGGAGAAGUUGGAGAAGCUGAUGGUGCGGAUCGGUGUUUUCAGUGUGCUCUAUACGGUACCGGCCACCAUAGUGAUCGCCUGUUACUUCUACGAGCAGGCCUUCAGGGAGCACUGGGAGCGGACCUGGCACAUGCAGACCUGUAAGCGCUUCGCCGUACCCUGUCCGGUUCACAACUUUGCCCCCAUGACUCCAGACUUCACCGUGUUCAUGAUCAAAUACCUGAUGACCAUGAUAGUCGGGAUCACCUCGGGUUUCUGGGUCUGGUCCGGGAAGACUCUUCAAUCAUGGCGGAGGUUCUACAAGCGCCUUAGCAACGGUAACCACGGAGAGACAACGGUGUAAAGCUGGAGGGUGAAAAGACAAAGCCACGGAGUUUUGGAUCUAACAACCACGAAAAAGAGACAGCCUACACUCCUGACUUUUGCAUCGUUUGGAUUAUAACCUGGUGAAAAUGGACAUAUUGGUCCCUGAACUGUAAUGCCAGACUGGUGAAGUUACUUUUAAUAUGAAAUUCCCCACUUAUUAUUGCGUAUAUCCUUAAUAUUACAUUUGAAUGUACUUUCUGUCAACUCUGGUGAGAGCUUCUCAGUGGAAAGCACCAUAACAGAAAAGACUGAUGGGCCAUGCAGUGUGGCACUCUGUCCACCCUGCAGCAAAAAGGUCAUAGGUUUGAUCCCUACAGCAGCCACGCCACCUGACUGGGAUUUCAUUAACUAGAGAAGCCUGGACUAUACAUGUAAAUUUUAAGUUACUCUGCCUUUAGCUAAAGACCGAAAUGCUUUAAUACUGUGUUAAAUAUUGCAGAGUACAAUCUCUCCUGUUGUAAUCUGAGGAAUGACCAUCAACUCUGCCAUUACUGCCAAGUGGCUGCCCAGAAAUCAAAACACUUUUUAUUUUUCGUUCUUUUCUUUUUUCUUUUUUUUGAUUUUCAGACUGAUGAAUAUUUGCUUCUGCGUUGAAUGUUCACUCCGAAGGUGAAUGAAGUUACAUAUUGGUUUGCACAGCUAUAUAAAGGUUACAAGUGUUAAAAACGACUGAUCCACUACAGGAUAACUUGGAUCUGACAGUUCAAGAGACCACACACACACACACACACACACACACACACACACACAGGCCUCCACUCUCUGUAAUGGAGACACAACAGCUCAUUGUUUGUCUCUGUGUGUGGUCUCUCGACUGUUGGAUCUCCCAUCAAAAAGACUUUUUAAGCUUUUAAGACAUCCAAAGCACCAUUUCAAGGAUCCAGAUUUAAUCCGUGGGAGGGGAAAUGGUUGCUCAGGAUUUUAAUGUUAUUUCAUCCUGGAUAAAGAUGACUGUACACAUUCACACCUGUUUUCUGCCCACUGUUACAGAAUCUGUCUCUUGUAUAAUUUCACUCAUAGCGGUAAAUGGUUUCAUAAACAGACUGAACAUUUUAGAGUUUUUAAUGAAUCAUUAUUUUAGUGUCUACCUUACACAAGCCUUUAAAACUCAGAGAGAUGGCAUUUAUUUUCUCUCCACCUAGAAACCAGCUUUAUGUUUGAUGUUUUACAUCAUGGAAACACUAAGAAGGAAGUCAAAGGUCACAAAUGUGGAAACAUUUUUUCAAUUUGAGAGAGUGCAGUGGAGACAAACUGCAGCGGAGGUGUAGUGUAUAUCUGGGACAGAAUCUGUGGAGAUGAUAUAAGAGGUUAUUAGAACUAAAUUGAUUAUGUGUUUUGGUGAAAUUGAAUGUUCAUGACCUCAGCUAGUACAGAAAAAAUAUUUUCAGAUUUUACUGUAAACCUCUUUAUAGAAUAGCAGGAAAAUGUGAACUAAAUGCUCUUACCAUUAGAGUAACAAAACCCAAAAGUGUAUUUCAGGACUGAGGACCUUCAUUUAUUUUCUGGAACCUGCAUAGUUUUUGAACAUUCUGUGGAAACUCGAGACUUUUAAUUCAAGUGAGGAAAAAAGUAACCUGCAGUGAUUUAGUCCCAUUGAUAACCCACUGUUUAAUGUAGAGCACUAGUCACUUGAGCUGAAUCACAUUUUAUUUCUCUCAUUUAUAAAAUCAGACGGAGAUCGUGUCUGGAAAUCUGAGCAGAAAAACAUGUUUAGGUCUUGACUGAGUCAUCUGCAAGGCAGGAUAUGAUGUGCCAGAUGCCGCUGUUUCUUGUCGUUUAGCACAUUUUCUCAACAUACAUCACAUGAUGAUGUAAAUGAUGAAUGAAAACUCACAAAGGUAUGACCUUACGGACCUGGUACUCUCGUCAUUCUUAAUCUCUAAAGCUGUGCCCCAAAUCCACACAUACUCAUACUAGAAACACACACUAUGUACCAAUCUGUUACAGCAGUUUGUAAACAAGAAAUGUCGCAUUUCAUGUGAAUGAACUACAUACCUCAAACCCCGGUUAAAAUUAGCAUGUAGGAUUGAGCACUCCACACGGCUCAUCUCUCAUCCAUCGUGCUUUUACCUAACAAGGCAGAAAUAUUUUGUGCGCUGUGAUCUUCCAGUGUCAAUGAUACCAGACUGAUCUGUUUGUGUUGUACUAUGUUUUCAGAAGGAAUAUGAGUGUGUUUGUGUGUAUUUUUAUCACAGCAUAUGCAACCUACCAAGUAAACACAGACUGUUUUUUUUAAAGGCAUAUUGUAUUUAUGGGGAUACUCAUUUUUGUCUUUUUUACUUGUUUUUUAUCGAGAUAAGCCUGUUGUACGUGUACAGUUUGAAUAAAACAGAUAAGGUUUGUAAUGUUU